AUGGAAAAGAGAGAUUUGGUUUUAACUAGAGGUAUGCAUUUUUUUGAUAAAAAGCGUAUGUUUCUUAAGGCCUGGUCCCCUGAUAUGGAGGUUCAUAAAGAUGAUUUCAAGGUUGUUCCUACUUGGGUGACACUGAUGCUUGAUUUCAAAUACUGGGGUGAAAAGAGCUCUUUUAAUAUUUUUGGUGGGUUGGGCAAACCUGUAAAAGUUGAUUUGGCUACUAGGAAUAGAGAUAGACUAGGAUUUGCUAGUAUCUUACUUGAAAUACAUAUUGAUCAUGAAUUCCGAGAUCAAAUAGCUUUCAUCAAUGAAAAUGGCUUUGAGGUUUAUGUGGAUGUUGAAACUGACAGUAGGGGUGGGGGUGAUGAUGUGUUUGUGAGCCCUAGUAAAGUUGUUAAAUAUGUUGCUCCAAAUGUUUCUGAGGUGGAAGUGGCUAAUGUUUUUGCUUCUUUGUCUGCAAAUGAAGCAAUUAAUCUGGUUGAUUUGCCUGAAAAGGAGGUUGUGAAUGAUAUGAAUGUGAGUGUGCCUAUUUCAGAUGCUAGUGAGGAAUUGGACAAGGGGGUGGAAAUCUCCCUAUCCCUAAUGGAUAGAGUUGUGGUGUGGAAUGUUAGAGGGGUAAACAGCCUGCAGAAACAACAUAGUGUUAGGAAUUUUCUUAACACUCAAUCUCUGGGUUUAGUUUGCCUCUUGGAGACUAAGGUGAAGCCUAUUUCAGAUGCUAGUGAGGAGCUGGACAAGGGGGUGGAAAUCUCCCAAUCCCUAAUGGAUAGAGUUGUGGUGUGGAAUGUUAGAGGGAUAAACAGCCUGCAGAAACAACAUAGUGUUAGGAAUUUUCUUAACACUGAAUCUCUGGGUUUAGUUUGCCUCUUGGAGACUAAGGUGAAGCCUAGAAAUAUGGGUGCACUUUAUACUAAUGUUUUCCGGGGAAUUAUGGUUUCAGAUGCAGCUUUGUUUAUGCUUUUAAUGAUGCCAUUAGUAGAGAGCCUUUGGUUGGAUUUGGUGGAGCUUCCUAGCAUGAACAAUAAUCCCUGGAUGGUGGUUGGUGAUUUCAAUUGUGUUAUGCAUUUAGAUGAAAGGAUUGGUUCUUUGGUCUCUAGUAGGGAAAUUGAAGCUUUCAGAAAGUGUGUUUUUGAUUGUGGUUUGAGUGAUCUCAAAGGAGUGGGGCAGUCGUUCUUCACUUGGAGUAAUAAGCAGCAGGGUUUUGAUAGGGUGUUCUUUAAAUUGGAUAGGGUUCUUAUAGGUGGAUCUUGGUGUGAUAUUUUUCCUGAUGCAGAAGUAAGAUUCAUCCAUGAAGGGAAUUUUGACCACACUCCUAUUAAGGAUGGAAAUGGGUGA